GGACGUGACUCUUAACGUGUUGCGCAACGUUUUAUAUUUAUAAAGGUUUAUAUGGGAUGUUACCCUGGUCCAACACGUUCUCUUCUCGCUCCCGGAGUACGACAAUUCGGCGCGAAGCGCCGACAAACGAGCUGCAAAGCAGCGAGCAGAGAGAACACCAACAUAACGCUAACUCGUCGAAAACGCUUGAAAAUGGCCUGAGACGCUAGGAAUCAACAGAGAAAACAUCAAGGCAAUAAGUCCGCAGGUACAAUCAACAGAAAGAAGAAGUGAAGGAAAAGAAGAAAGGUUGAAAGAGGGUUAAUCGAGGAUAAAUGGCUCUGAAAUUAGUUCACUCCCUCGUGUACACCCCUCUUCGCCUUGCAGAUGGUCACAGCUUGUCACAGCUGGCUUACAACCGACGUGACGCAAUUUAUUCCAGGAUUAAAUUUCUAUCUAAAUAAGACCUUGCUUGCGAGAGCUCCACUUUUCGCAGUUUCCGUUGCUACACAGUCAAAGUAAACGUUCAGGUUGUUCCAUCAGCGCAGUAAUGGGGGAACGAAACACGGCCAACGAAAUCUUGGCCACAAUAUUCACAAGUUUGUCCCUUUUUGGUACGCUUUUCAUCAUCGUCUCUUUCUUUCUUUGGAAGGAUAUUCGAACUACGUCAAGAAGAAUUCUGGUUUACAUUUCUAUCGCAGACUUUCUCACGUGUGUUGCAACAAUUGCUGCUACGACAAACAUUUGGUUAUCAGGAACUGAAAAUAAACAUGUCUGUUUUGUCCAAAGUAUCAUUGGAACUUUUUCUGUGCUGACUUCUUUCUUUUGGACAGUUUCAAUGGCGUUGUAUCUGUACAUCUCUGUUUGCUGGAAGAAUUCUCGACUAGCUGAGCGUUCACUGUACUUAUUUCAUGUUUGUGGCUGGGGAAUUCCAGCAGUAUUUGUCGGUGUAGCAGCGUCAACUCAUAAACUGGGAGAUAACGGCAACAAAGUCUCUGCAGGAUGGUGUUGGAUCAGCAUUAAAUUGAGCUGGCUUGAACAAGUCGAGUGGAUGCUUUUGGCUGGAAAAUUGUGGGAAAUAAUGGCAUUUUGUGCAAUAGUUGUACUUUAUGCCUUAGUCAAGCGAAACAUGAAGAAGGAGCUUCAUGAGAAAAACAGAGUUCUAACUGAAAGUACAGUGGUGCAAGCUCAGAAGGCAGAAAGGAAACUGAUUUGUGUUCCCUUAUUAUUUGUGUUCCUGCGUGUUUGGGGAACUAUAAGAUUUCUCCUGAUGAUUGUGUGUGCUAAGAAUCCAGAUUAUGAGUCGCCAGUUUGGCUGCUUAUUCUACAGGGUAUUGGAGAUAAUGCCCCUGGAUUUGCAAACUUUCUUCUAUUUUGCUUUUUUACUGAAAAAUGUCUUGGGAAGUUUCGUCGCUGUUUUCAAAGUUGUACAAUGUGUUUUGACUCAAGAUCUCCCAUUGGAUUGAACUGCUCCAACUCACUGCAGGCAAGUUAUAGUUGUGAUGUGACAAUUGGACAACCAAUCAUCAAUCAACAUUCCAUGAAUAAAGAAACUGAUUGUUUGAAGGGGCAUCAUAAUACUUCUGUUGAUUAUUCAUCAAUGAAUUGCUGAAUGAAGAAAUUUGUCUUUUUUGUGACUUUGCACUUAUGAAAAUUAUCAGCUUGCACAUUCAUUGGUUGACUAGUGUAAAAAUUUUAUUCACCUAAGUGGAGGUGAAUAGUGGUGGAUAUUUACUGAGCAGCAAAGUGGAGACACAAGUAUCCACUUCUUUCUAGGACAUCAAGUUGAAUGAGGGGUUAUUUAUAUAAUCCACACAAGAAGCAAAACAUAAGUGUAUUUCUGCCAGUAAAUGGAAAAAUAGUUGGAAAUGAAUCUCUUGAAGCACAAUUUUGUCUCUUCAGCUGCUCGGGGUGAAUAGUGCCUGGUGGCCUUGCUUCUCACUUUUCCUAGUGUGCCAGAAAAUCAGGGCAAGGAAAAGCGGCGGUAUUCACCCAUGUGGUAAUAAGUGCCUGUAAGUCGUAAGUUAGUAGGAAAAUAAUUUAUUGUAAAAGUAGAUUUAACUAUUGCCACAAGAUGUGAAUGUCUUUUUUGGAGACAAAUAUAUUGUGUAUGUGAUGGAGUUAUCUGUCUUUGAAAAGUAUAUUUAGAAAAUCUUAAGUAACCUAGUAAAAUGAAGUUCUGUCAUAAUUAUUAGAGGUAGAUUUUAGAUUUUUUAACAACCAGUUUAACUCAAGCAAUACAUCUGGGCCAUGUCCUUAUGGAUAAAGACUAUACAACAUUUAUCUUAAUACUUAUUUAAGAAACUUUUUUAUAUAGUGGUACUAUUUAAUGUGUAUGUGGUGUGUCAAUGGACAGUUAGGACCUCCAUACUUGCUUAUGACAGGUAACUAUAGCUCAUUACUACAUAAAAUUAAUAUUUUUGUGAA